GUGGAGACCAGCUGUAGCUGCUACUCGUGGAAGCGGUGCACAGGACCAGACCAGAAAAUUGAAGUCCAGCUACGAUGUCGGUCCUCUUGGCGGCGCUGCUGCAGCUGGCGGCCCUUCAGCUGUCCUCCGCUCUCCCCUUCCAGCAGAGAGGGUUCUGGGAUUUCGGGGAGGACAUCGACGUCAGGGAUCUGAUGAUGACGAUGAUGAAGGAUCAGGAGGAAGGCUCGGCGUUCGAGGACGUUUAUCCUCCGGAGACGCCCACGUGCCCGUUCGGGUGCACCUGUCACCAGAAGGUGGUGCAGUGCUCGGAUCUCGGUCUGAUUUACGUGCCGCCCAACAUUCCGCCCGACACCCUGCUGCUUGACCUGCAGUGCAACGGCAUCACCGAGAUCCGCGAGGGAGAUUUUAAAGGCCUCACCAACCUCUACGCUCUGAUUUUGAGGAGUAACCUGAUAACCCGUGUAAACCCUCGCGCGUUCCUCCCUCUGAAGCGGCUGCAGAAGCUUUACAUCUCGCACAACUUACUCACCUCUGUUCCUCGCAACCUGCCGCCGUCCCUCGUGGAGAUGCGUAUCCACGACAACCGCAUCCGCAGGGUGGCCGCGGGGACCUUCAACGGCCUGGGUAACAUGCACGUCAUCGAAAUGGGCCGUAAUCCCAUCCACAACAGCGGAUUUGAACCCGGAGCCUUUACGGGACUCAAACUGAACUACCUACGAAUCUCUGAGGCGAGACUGACCGGUGUACCCAAAGAUUUACCUGCAAGUCUUCAUGAGCUUCAUCUGGACCAUAAUGAGAUUCAGGCCAUCGAGCUGGAGGACCUGAGCCGGUACAAGCAGCUCCACAGACUGGGUUUGGGAUUUAAUCACAUCCUCCACAUCGAGCGCGGUGCCCUCUCAUACCUGCCCAACCUGAGGGAGCUUCACCUGGACCACAACCGGCUCUCCGCCGUGCCCUCCGGCCUCGCCAACAUGAAGUACCUACAGGUGGUCUAUCUACACUCCAAUAACAUCACCUCAGUGGGGGUGAACGACUUCUGCCCGGUGGGUUUUGGCAUGAAGAAGGUCUUCUACAACGGCAUCAGUCUGUUCGGGAACCCCAUUGAAUUCUGGGAGAUUCAACCGGCCACGUUCCGCUGCGUCAGCGACCACAUGGCCGUCCAGCUAGGCAACCAUAAGAAAUAAACACGAGUGAACACACACAUACACACACACACACACACACACACACACACAUACACACACACACAUAACUCUACACUAAACAGCCAUAAGUAUAGGGACACCCCUUGUAAUAUGUGUAAUAUCAUUAUUUUAUAUUAAUGCCGUCCAGCUCGGCAACCAUAAGAAAUAAACGCAGAGCGAACACACACACACACACAUACACACACAUAUAACUCCACACUAAACAGCCAUAAGUAUAUGGACACCCCUUGUAAUAUGUGUAAUAUCAUUAUUUUAUAUUAAUAAUUAAUGCUUUUAUUUCAUAUUAGCUCACAGUGACUGGAGGAAACGUCAAGGCUUCCUCAUUUUCCGUCUCUUCAGUGUUAUUCCAGCUUCAUUAAACCUUCUACACUAAUUUAGGUGAGACCGAGCGCUUAAAUAAUAACGAUAAUAAUAUUAGGACCGUGGGCUGGAUGUACAAAGGUGUUUUAAGUUGUUAAAGCUGUAGCUUAUCAUGCACAUUGAAAAGUGGUGAAAGUAAAAAGUUAGAAAAAGAAGUGAUUUUAGGUGAAAUCACGGCUGAUGGGACGAGUGAAAGUUGUAAAGAACUCAAUUAACGAAUCGUGAAAAGUAACGUUUAUUUCUUUUGCUCUUAUUUUUGUGUUCGCAUGAUCAAAAUGAACAAGUUUAAAAAUCAUUUCUUCUUUUAUUUUUGAUCUUCUGAGCUGAUGGAUCAGAUCAGGAUGAAGCUUCAUUAUUUCCUGAAUAUUAUUUUCCUUUAAAAUGUUCUUGUACAGUCGACCCUUGACUUACGAAUGUAAUUGGUUCUGAAGUUCUGUUCUUAAGUCAAAAUGUUCAUUAGUUAAACCUAUUUUUCCCAUAAGAAAUAAUGUAAACAGAAUUAAUCUGUGCCAGACCUCCCAAACCCCCCCUUACCCCUAACCUCUCUGUCUUAAAUGCUCUUUUUUGUUAUAAAUACACGUAUAUUUUCCCUUAAUCUUAAAUUAUAGAAUAGAUAAUACUGUAAUAAACAUUAAUAAACAAUAAUACACAGUAGUACUGUGUAUUCACAUUUCAGUACAGUACGUGUGCUGUACCAUACACCAUAAUACAUUUCCUUCUUUUAUAUAAAAUGUAUCUACCAGAAACAACAAUAACUUUCAUAUUUCUCUAUUAUUCAGUAGUGUUGUAUUUUGUAGGUGUAAUUGCACGAAAGAAAGAAUACUUUACUCAGCCAAAUUCCUUCUUCUCUCUUACUCACUGUCCCCUACUGGCAGGAGUAAUUAUACAACAACAAAUUGUAAUAGAUUUGUUCAUUUUCUCACCAUUGCGCUUCCUCUGCACCUUUUUUGAGGCCAUUUUAAUAUUGAAUUUUACAAAAUAUAAAGAAAACACCGGAAAAACACAGUCCGCUGUUCGAAUGUUUGCUCACUGUAUAUAUAUAUAUAUAGAGAGAGAGAGAGAGACGGUCGGAGUCAGCUUGUUUGUGACGUCACGUGUUUCGCGAAUUUUGGUUCGUAAUCCGAAAUUUGUUCGUACGUCAAGUUGAAAAAGAUUGCUCGUAACCCAAAAUGUUCAUAUGGUAAACGGUUCGUAACUCAAGGGUCGACUGUAUUAUUAAUAUAUAUUUUUUUCCGGUAUAAAUAAUUUACUAAUAAAUAUAUAUUAUUCCAGCACUAUUAAUAAAAGUGGGACGCGUAGGGGUGAUGGUUCGUGUAUCGAUAUAUGAUUAACAGGCCGCUCAGGUGGUGCAGCGGUAAAACACGCUAGCACACUGGAGCUGGGAUUUCGAAUACAUCGUAAUACAUCGUAUCGAAUCUCGGCUCUGCCAUCCGGCCGGGCUGGGCGGCCGCAUGGACAACGAUUGGCCUGUUGUUCACAGAGUUGGAUGGUGCAACUGGUGCAAUUAUGACCUCUGCUGGCUGAUUGAUGGCGUCUGCACAGAGAGAGGAAUAAUGCUGAUCAGGGUGUGGCUCUCCGUACACAAGGCUGAUCCGCAUAUCCGGCUACUGCUCACGUGUUGGAGGGGACUUGUGUCAGUCUCGCUCUCCUCAAUCGUGACGGGGGUCAGCACCAGUAGAGAGCAAGCAUAACGCAAUUGGGUGAAAAUUUAAUGCGCUAAUAUCCUCCUAUUUCUAUCCGGGCUUGGGACCUGCACUAAGAGCGCACUGAUAAGUGAAGCUCCCAAUGGCUAGGCUGUUUUCAUCUGCAACCCUGACCAGAAUAAAGCUUGUUGAUAAAAUGUAUAAAUAAAGUACACGUAUGUAAAGUUUGCUAACAGCUUUAAAGUGUAGCAUGUGUUCAGCUUGCUGGCUUCAAGUAUCAUAAAAGAUAUCGAGUAUUUUAGCUACAGGCAGAUAUCAUUCUCUCUAUUCUAUUCUCUGUUCUCUCUCUCAAUUUCUGUUUUAUUUUAUUACUUUAUUUUAUUUUUAUUAUUAUUAUUUUGUUUAGUUUGUUUUUUGCAUUGUGCCACGUCCUCUCUCUGGUUAUAUAUAGACCUUUGGGCUCUACAUUUCUUUAUAAAGUGCUAAUUUUAACUACAAACAGGAUAGAUCAUGUACUUUCUGUUGAAUCUGUAUUAAAGAUACAAAGUCUAUUAGUAGCAUUAAAAAGUACUUAUAAUAAAUUUUCUGAUAUCUGCAGAUACUCUGUAAA